ACGUCAUCACAGCGUCAGAGGGGCUGUCCUUCCUCCUCCUCCUCCUCCUCCCUCUGCUUUCACUGUCUGCUGCACAAUGCUCUUCCUGCAGCUGAAAGCGGCUCUUUCUUUUCUUCUUUCUCCCUGGUUUCCUUCCCCUAAGCCCUCGGCUGCUCUGCAGAAUCAGGGCUGUGGUGAUUUUAACACAUGAGGGAGGAGCAACAGAAGCCGCUGGAGGAGGAAAGGGCUUUUCUAGACUUCCUUCUCCAGGCAGCAGGAGGAAACCGAGUCAUGGAGAGCGACCGUCUCCCUCCUCCGCCGACGCUCAGCCCGGCCGUGCCUCCCUUCGUCAAGCUGGGGCUGACGGUGGCCUACACCAUCUUCUACUCGCUGCUGUUUGUGUUCGUGUACGUGCAGCUCUGGCUGGUGCUGAGAUACAGACACAAGCGCUUCAGCUACCAGACGGUGUUUCUGUUCUUGUGUCUGCUGUGGGCGGCUCUGCGAGCGCUGCUCUUCUCCUUUUAUUUCAGAAACUGUGUGACCGCAAACACACUCGGACCCUUGUCUUUCUGGCUGCUCUACUGUUUCCCCGUCUGCCUGCAGUUCUUCACCCUCAGCCUCAUGAAUCUGUACUUCGCACAGGUCAUAUUCAAGGCGAAGUCUAAACAUUCACCAGAACUUCAGAAGUACAGGCUGCCGCUGUACCUGCUCUUCCUGUGCGUCAGCUUCCUCUUCCUGCUGGUGAACCUGACCUGUGCUCUGCUGGUGAAGAUGCAGACCAAGGCCGACACAGAGACUGUAGUCCUGGUGCGUGUGGCCAUCAACGACACGCUGUUCGUCCUCUGCGCCGUCUCACUCGCACUGUGUCUCUAUAAGAUCGCCAAGAUGUCUCUGGCCAACAUCUACCUGGAGUCCAAGGGAACAUCUGUGUGUCAGGUGACUCUGAUCGGGGCGAUGGUGAUCCUGCUGUACUCGUCCCGUGCGUGUUAUAACCUCGUGGUGCUGGCUCUGGCCAAAAUCAAGAGCAUCAACUCAUUCGACUACGACUGGUACAACGUAUCAGACCAAGCAGAUCUGAAGUCGACGUUGGGCGAUGCUGGAUAUGUGGUUUUUGGGGUGAUCCUGUUUGUUUGGGAGCUGCUGCCCACUUCACUGGUGGUCUUCAUUUUCAGAGUCCGUAAGCCGGCUCAGGACCGAAGCGUGUCAGUGAUCCCCGGCCACAUGUUCUCAUCUAGAGCUUAUUUCUUUGACAACCCGCGGCGUUACGACAGCGAUGAUGAUCUCGCGUGGAGUAUCAUCCCACAAAACAUUCAAGCCAGUCUUACGUCGGAGAGUUAUGAUUGGGGUUUUCACGCAUACGUCGAAGGUGAAGAGUCUCAUUUGGUGCCAGAGGAGCUGAAUCCCUACUAGAACAUUCCCAAUGAGGAGUGGUAUCAUUUUGCACAUUCUCCAUCAUUGAUGGGAAAUAUAAUAUACCACAGAUGUCUUUACCGCUAUUUAUUACGGUAUUUCAAUAUAAUACGACAGUAUGGCUCUGGAAGCAACACCACCAAUCAUUUUCUCCAACAAGAAAUAGAUUUGUACCAAUAAUGUGUGAAAGAUUCGCUUCCAUAGAAGUAAAUGUGAUUUCAAAUUCACUUCCAAGAGAUCCAUCAUAGAAAUCACUGUUACAAUGGAAAUCCCAUGAUUCAUCGCAAAUUAAUUAAUCGAGUUUGCCUUGAAUUCCACAUAGUAACACUUAUAGAUUUAAAUAUUUGCAUUUAUUAAACUAUUAGAUAGGUCAGUUGUUUUAUAUAUGACCCUGGAGCACAAAAGCAGUCGUGAGUCUCUGGGGUAUAUUUGUAGCAAU